AUGUCUUCUAAAGAUGAAUUACGUAAACUUUAUGACACUAACGAUAGUGAUAAGAAUGGCUCACUUAAUUUAAAUGAAGCUACAAAAGCAAUUACUAAUGUUAAAGAAAAUCUUAAAAAUCCUGAUAAUUUUGAAAAUGAUUUUAAAAAGUUAGCUCCAAAUGGAGAGAUAUCUUUUGAAGAUUUUUGUAAGCUUUUCAAAGGUUUUUGA